AUGUCGUCCAAAAAAUCAUCCAAGAAACCAUCAAAGCAAAAGGUCUUCAGCUCUCUCGAAGAAGACGAGAUUUCUAAAUUAUCAAUAGAAUCAACGGAUGAGGAGCAAUAUCCUUCAGAUCAUGAAUAUACGGUGGAACGCAUUCUGGCUCAAAAAUCGAAAGAUGGUCAACAGUUGUAUUUAAUUAGGUGGGCGAAUUUUCCAGAAGAAGCAUCAUCGUGGGAACCAAGAAGAAACCUACUGGACAAAACGAUUAUUGAUGCUUGGAAAGGACGACGAAUUCGCGAAUCUGAGGGUUUAGAUACACCGUAUGACGUCGGAAAACUCGAAGCUUUGAAGAAGAUGGUUGAGGAUAGUAAAGCACAACGUGAUCGUUUGCGACGUGAGAAGAGAAAGCGACUGGGCAUAGUCGUGUCUCCCCCUGAAUCCGAUGCAGAUGAUGGCGACAAACAGCCAACAAGUACACACGCACCUGUUAGUAACUCUACACUCGGUGGUGAGAAGAGUUCUGAAAGACAACAGCAAGUUCAAUCUACUAAAAAGACUAAGAUCAUAAGACCUGAACAGAUCGAUGCCCAUUCGUCGUCUGAAGAACCACUGUUCGUGAAUCCACAGCGAAAGGCGACUUCGGGAGCCUCGUCUCCGACAAAAGUACCCCAAGUGCAGAAGAAAUUACAGAAGCAUGUUACUUUACAGGGCACCGCCAGCGACACCCAAGAGACAACAGCCGCCAAAGGCUCUUCAGCCUUUCGAGGUGUCCAAAAGACUCGAGGAGGAGGUGCUAUGCGAGGAGGCUCUUCUCUGCCUUCACAAAAUGUUUUUAAUGGUGGUAAAGCUGCUAGGAAAAAGAAAGCAGGUUUGAUUGAAGCUGCUGCAGAUCCGUUGAAAGAUCAGCGGCAUUUCAAGAACAGACACCUCAUCAGAAAGGCGGAACUUGCUGGUAGAGCGCUGGCGGAUGCAGCACCAGAUAUUACUGCAAUUCCUGGUGGCUUGAUCAAGCCUUCAAAAGCUUCAUCUGUCCAACGACCGGAGACUCUCAGAAGAAUUCCCUCUCCUUCACAGAACGAAGAGGGAAACAUUCGGAGAAUGGCACCGGCUCAGCCACCCCAUAAUCAGCAACAAGAUCUCCAGCGACUGCCAAAUAAUUUACUCCACGUGUCUGAAAUGCCCUGGGAAGACGUACAGCAUAUCCCGUACGAGCAACGAUCAAUUUGCUUCUUCUUUAGUCGGCCGCAAGGAUGUCAUAAUAGUCGCUGCAAGUAUCUCCAUGUCGACGAUCCUCUACUUCCCAUCGCCCCGCCCCCCGACGGGUGGUUCGAGUCACAGAAAAUUUGCUUCUUCUACAAUUCAGAUGGAAAUUGCCGGAACGGUGACACCUGCAAAGAUUUACAUGAGUCGGGCACUAAUCUUCCAGUCAAUAAACCACCUCCUGGAUGGGUAGUUCCAGGCCCGUCUACCAAAGUAAUGCUUAGAGAAGCCCAUGUACCGGUCGAUGUAGAUGUCCCGAAGCUGAUUUGUUUUGACUGGCAGCACAGAAAAUGCCACAAAGGAAAUGCCUGCAAGUUCGCUCAUCCAAACGACAAUGAUUUCCCGGUGGCACCAAAACCUGGCUCCAUUCCUUGCAAGUACUGGAAAGGAGGUUUUUGUUGGAAUAAAACAAAUUGUCAUUUCCUGCACGAAUCUGCUCAGGACAGUCGUCGGGCAGCUUACAUGAGUCAAGUUUACACGAAGGUAGCCAAUUUUGGAACCUCAGACAAAGAAAGUUCGCAGCUUCCACUACAAGGGUCAAAAUCUAUUCCAAUAUUUGAUGACAGCGAUACGUUGAAUUUCGAGAUGGACACAGUAUCUGAUUUUACGCCGCUUGAGCCAAACCUUACGGAGUGCGAGAAGUCAACAAAUUUCGAUAAUUACUCAAUGGAUAAGACGGUACAAAGCAUAGCCACCAACGUCAAGGCAGUCACAUUCGGUCCACAAGACCAACCUAUCUACCUCGACUUUGAAAACGUUCCACUGGAUACUUCAGACUGGACAAGAGCCUUCGCAAGUGUAGACAACGUAAGGUUUGACCAGAUGUGUACGGCACACGAUUUCAAGUUAAGAUAUGGCCAGAUCCAAUCAUCUGCCUUCUGGCCACAGGAUGUCAGCACGAACUCUACUGAUCAAGCUGGACGCGACACGGUCGACAGUGUAGCCGAAGAUCUUUGUCUCCGAAUGGCUGGCUUGGCGUGUAUUUCCGACACUUAUAUUGUUCUACUCUACCCAUCUGUGGCCGAAGAAUGGAAGUAUUUAGAUGUAAUGCCUAAUAUUUCUACUGGCGCUAAACUGAAGUACUUGAUAUUUGGCUCUCAGAGCCCUGUACUAAGUUCCAUCAAAUCUUUGACCAUCAACCAAACGUCAUCGAAGGAUCUUUCCUACAGAGACAUGAUGAUGAAAAGUUUUCACCAUUUUGAUUACGAACAAUUGAUACCAGAACAAAAAACGAAGAAAUUGGUCAACUUUUGUCUUAUAUUUCCCGCAUCUGCAAAUCACAUAGCGGAAUCGAUAUCAUCUUGGCUUCGUAGCUGCUCAAAAGAGAGUAAGAUAUACAAUUAUCAGAAGGCAGGAUGUUGGGAUUAUUUCAAAAAGCAUGUCAAAGCCGGAGCUGUGUUAAUACACUCGUCUGCGCUCAAUUUGAUAUCCGAUACAGACCUCAUUCAGGAUAUGACAGCGGGAGUGAACUACUCAUUUUGGUGCAUCGAAGAUCCCACAUCUAAAGUGCCGUUCUCCUUCAAUGGCUUUAUCAGUCCAAAAUCAGAACUGGGUCACAUUGUAACAAGACGACUCUUGCCUCUUGGUUGUGCCAUACUUCUCACGCCAAGCUUUUUGGUCGCAGAACCGGUGAUGUCCUUAAAACUCUUGACAUGGUAUCAAAAGAAGCUCAAAGGCUCACUAACAGGUUCGGUAAGAAUAUUGUGCUGCCACGAACUUCCGAACUUCCUCCUGGAACUAUUUAUUUCAAAGGUUGCAGAGCAACAAGAACUCAUGAAGAGUCUUGCUGGCGACCCAUCGAUCCUCUCCAAGCUAAGCGAAAGAGGACUAAGUCAAGACCAAUGUGAGGCGAGGAUUACUCUCUAUUGGCUUCUCUGUGAUAUGCUCCGAAAGGAUCUUCCCUCUCAUCUUUCUCCGUUUGACCGUGAUCCAACCGAAGAAAAUUCACGAAGUCCGUUGCUUUUUGCGCCUCGGUCUAUUGAUCAGUAUGACGAGAAGAAGUUAGUUUCUUGGUUUUCGGGCUGGUCGUUCGCAAACCUUCAUAAAUACAGGCGGUUUUACGUGAUCGGUUCUGGAACUUCAAAGAAGGGUGUCGGCAUUCCAGUGAGAAUGAUCCCAGAAGAGGAUGUCUUCCCGCAGAAUUCCAAAGCUUUCCGGGAAGGCGGUGCACUGGCGUGGGCAAGGCGAGGAAGGGAGCCAAUUUCUGUUGUCACUAAGGCUACAGAACCACCAACACCAGAUCCGAGGGAAGUGAAGUUGAAGGAAUACACAUACGAUUUUACGGACGACUGGUACUCUCAAUGGAAAGAGACACGUGAAGGACGGAGCGCACAUCAUAUAAUUGUGCAUAAGUGGGAACGUGUUUUCCAGUCUCUAGGCAUCCAUCACUAA